AGCGACUGAAGUGAACUUUCCCUAAACGUUCGCACCUCGGUUCUCAGUCAGUUGAUGUGCAUCUCGACAAGUUGUAAAGAUAACUUUUGAUAAAUCUCUCACACGAGCGAGCGAUAAAGUUAAAGGAUGUGUUAGCAACGUUAAGUGAGGGUUCUGUUAGUUGCUUUCCACGUUACAAACCUGUGUCUUCAAAGAAUUUAAAUUUCGACUUCCGUAGUAGAUUGAAAGGAAUCAGACAUGGGGAAUACGAGCAUAAAAGAACUUGAACAAAUGGGAGAAGUCAUCCCAGAAUUCAGCUCACAGGACUCUUCAGAUGUCGAGAGAACUUUCCAAGUUGUUGGAAACAAAGAUGACGAAAACACGGUAUCUAAUGAAGAAAUCCCAGCAGGUGACAAUUUUAAGGCCAAAGCCAGACCAAAGAAAGAGAAAAAGCGAGAUAAUUUGAAAACGGAGAGCAAAGCUGAUCAAGAACUUUCCGAAACAUACCUUGAAGAGCACAUUCCCCGUAAAAAGAAGGCCAUGAAAGCAAAGAUUAAACAUUUAUUGAUAGAACUGCAUGGAAAAGAUGAAAUUCUUUCAAAAGGAAAGGAAAUUCUUGACCGUUUGACUGUUGAACGAGAACGUCACUUGGAGCGCAUUGAGGAAAAGGAGCAGGUCAUUGAAGGCAAGGAAUUUGUUAUCCAGUCUUUUCAAGAGAAAAUGCAAACAUUUAUUCAACGAAUAGACGAAAAAGAGUCAGAGCUAAGAGAAAAAGAACGAUUAUUAAAUGAAGCGAAUGAUCGAAUUGAGCUGUUACAGAAACAGCAAGCCGAACAAGAGGAGAUUGUGAAAGAAAUGCAGAGCACAAUGGAAAAUUUGGAUAAGCAAACGAAAAACGGCUAUCAUUCCAGAGAAGCAUUCAAUGCUGACUUAGAUGUUAAAGUUGAGUUUGAGUCCCUCAAGAGAGAAAAUGAACGCUAUAAGCUACAACUGCAGGAAAAUCUUAGCACUCUGAGAGAGAGAGAACGCGAGAUAAACUCUUUAAAGCGUGAAAAGGAAACUAUUCAACAAGAGAAAAGACAUUGCGAUCAGAUCAGUCUUGAACGAAAGUUUUCAGUCGAUCGAUUAAACAGAGAGAAGGAAAGAGGCUUGGCAUAUCUCGACCAGUUAGAGAUAAGACUAAAAGAGAAGGACCAGGCAAUGCAGCAAGCUCGAGAUGAGAGUAUUGAACUCCGAGAUCAACUUAAACGCAAAGAUAAUUUGCUUUUGGAGAAGGACAGGACUUUGGAAACGUUAGAAAACUCAAGAAAAGGGACGUCUGACCGAUUGGAUAGACUCGAGAAGCAAUGGCAGGACGAGCGCAGAACACAAAGCAUAAAAGAACUUGAACAAAUGGGAGAAGUCAUCCCAGAAUUCAGCUUACAGGACUCUUCAGUUAUCGAGAGAACUUUCCAAGUUGUUGGAAACGAGGAUGACGAAAACACGGUAUCUAAUGAAGAAAUUCCAGCAUGUGACACUUUUAAGGCCAAGGCCAGACCAAAGAAAGAGAAAAAGCGAGACAAUUUGAAAACGGAGAGCAAAGCUGAUCAAGAACUUUCCGAAACAUACCUUGAAAAGCAAAUUCCCCGUAAAAAGAGGGCCAUGAAGUCAAAGAUUAAACAUUUGUUGAUAGAGCUACAUGGAAAAGAUGAAAUUCUUUCAAAAGAAAAGGAAAUUCUUGACCGUUUGACUGUUGAACUAGAACGUCACUUGGAACGCAUUGAGGAAAAGGAGCAGGCCAUUGAAGGCAAGGAAUUUGUUAUCCAGUCUUUUCAAGAGAAAAUGCUAACAUUUAUUCAACGAAUAGACGAAAAAGAGUCAGAGCUAAGAGAAAAAGAACGAUUAUUAAAUGAAGCGAAUGAUCGAGUUGAGCUGUUACAGAAACAGCAAGCCGAACAAGAGGAGAUUGUGAAAGAAGUGCAGGGCACAAUGGAAAAUUUGGAUAAACAAACGAAAAACGGCCAUCAUUCCAGAGAAGCGUUCAAUGCUGACUUAGAUGUUAAAGUUGAGUUUGAGUCCCUCAAGAGAGAAAAUGAACGCUAUAAGCUACAACUGCAGGAAAAUCUUAGCACUCUAAGAGAGAGAGAACGCGAGAUAAACUCUUUAAAACGUGAAAAGGAAACUAUUCAAGAAGAGAAAAGAGAUUGCGAUAAGAUCAGUCUUGAACGAAAGUUUUCAGUCGAUCGAUUAAACAGAGAGAAGGAAAGAGGCAUGGCAUAUCUCGACCAGUUAGAGAUAAGACUAAAAGAGAAGGACCAGGCAAUGCAGCAAGCUCGAGAUGAGAGUAUUGAACUCCGAGAUCAACUUAAACGCAAAGAUAAUUUGCUUUUGGAGAAGGACAGGACUUUGGAAACGUUAGAAAACUCGAGAAAAGGGACGUCUGACUGAUUGGAUAGACUCGAGAAGCAAUGGCAGGACGAGCGCAGAACACAACGAAAUGCGUAUGAUGCGUUACGUGACGAGAAACGUGCGUGUGAAGAACGUUUGCAGCGCGCUCAAGCGGAUGUUGAAACAUAUCAAAGACGUAACCGUGUCUUAGAACGUGAAAUUGAUAGAGCGCGUCAAACUACUGACAUAUUCCGUGGAGAUCAACCAUGGAUCAUCCCAAGAGAAGAAAUCAAACUCUCCGAUAAGGUUCUUGGUACUGGCGCGUGGGGAAGAGUCCUUGAAGGGAAUUUUCGAGGAACAAAAGUGGCAGUGAAAGAAAUCCACGAAAUAAUUCAAUCAGCUCAUAACAGACUCCUCUUUGAUCGCGAAAUCACGUUUGCCACUCUAGUGAGACAUCCAUGUAUUUUACAGUUCUUAGCUGUGGCUGAUUACCGUACCAGCAAACCCCUCUUAGUGGCGGAACUCAUGGACAUGUCUUUGUCUCAACUUGUUAAAGAUGAGAAAACCUUAGGCAACAGAUACAUCAGGAUACUGGCGCUUGAUGUCGCUUAUGGUCUGAACUACCUUCACUGCUUCCGACCCAAUCCCAUACUGCAUCGUGACGUAAACAGCGGGAAUGUCAUGGUUUGGCGCCAAGGUGACAAGUGGCGCGGGAAACUCUGCGAUUUUGGGUCAGCGGAGUUCAUGGGAAGCAAGAUGUCAGAGAAUCCGGGAAAUCCGUUUUACUGUGCUCCUGAAGCAAACAGUUCUAGACACUGCCCCAAGAUGGAUGUGUACAGCUUUGGUGUUCUCCUCUGUGAACUCUGCAUCAACCAAACACCUAAUCCUGCUGAAAGAGAGCGACAAAUUGCACUGAUGUGGAACAAGGACCUGAGAGAGUUGGCUGAGCAGUGCAUCACACCAGAUCCGCUUACACGAUGUACCAUGACUGACGUCAUCAAUGUGUUAGAGCCCAUGACCGCGUGAGACAUUAGAACUAGGUUUUUAAGUCUGAGAUCAUCUUACAUGUUUCACACGUGAUUGAAGCUUCCGUGAAUUUUAUUAAAUGCUUGUUCGAGCAACUAUACCU